AUGACUUUUUCUUUCUUUCUUUUUUCACUCUUUCUUUCUUUCUUUCUUUCUUUCUUUGUAUUAUUUUCCUGUUUCUUUCUUGCUUUUUUUCUUUCAGCAGUCUCUUUUCUGUCCUUUUUCUCAUUAAUUCUAUUUAUUCUCUCAUUGUACGUUCAUUCAUUCAUUCAUUCAUUCUUUCUUUCUUCCUUUCUUUGUUUCUUUGUUUCUUUCUCCCAUCUUCCUUUUUAUUACUUUCAUCUUUCUCACUUUCUAUAUUUCUUUCUUUCUUUUCUUCUUUCUUUCUUUCUGUCCUUUUUCUCAUUAUUUCUGUUCAUUCUCUCAUUGUACUUUCAUUCUUUCUUUCUUUCUUUCUUUCUUUCUUUCUUUCUUUCUUCCAUUUUCUUUUUUGUAUUACUUUCAUCUUUCUUUCUUUUCUUUUUUCUUUCAGAAAUCACUUUCCGUCCUUUUCUCACUAAUUCUGUUUAUUCUCUCAUUGUACUUUCAUUCAUUCAUUCAUUCUUCAUUUCUUUCUUUCUUUCUUUCUUUCUUUUCUUUCUUUCAUUCUUUUUUCCCCAUCUGGCUUUAUUUCUUUCUUUUACGAAAUUUCUUUCUUUCUUUUUUUUCUCGUCAUUGUUUCUGUUUUUUCGUUUCUGUUCUUUCUUUUUUUUCUUUCUUUCUUUUAUCAAUUGUCUUUAUAUUCUUUCCUGUGUAUUAUUAUUUCUGUUUUUUGUCAUCGUCCUUUCUUUCAUUCAUUCUUUCUCUUACCAAUUUUCUUCCAUUCCCUUUCUUGUUCUCUCAUCAUUCUUUCUUUCUUUCUUUCUUUCUUUCUUUCUUUCUUUCUUUCUUUCUUUUUCUUUUAUCUCUUCUUUCUUUCUUUCUUUUUAUUCUUUAUUUAUUUUCAUUCCAAUCUUUCAUUUUCUGUCCUUCAAUUUUUCUUUGUAUUUCUUUCUUCCGCCCUUUUUUUCUCUUUCAUUUGCUUUCAUUCUUUUUUCUUUUCUUUUCUUUUUUUUCUUUGCUUAUUAUCUCUCUUUAUUUUGCCUUUUUUUUCUUUCGUUUCUUUCAUUUCUGUCUUUAUUUGUUUUAUUUUAUUUCCUUCGUACUUUCUUAUUUCUCUAUUCUAACUUUCUUACUUUCUCUACAAAUAUUCUGUUUUCUUUCUUCAUUUCAUUAUUAUCUUUCUGUUCCUUUUCUUCUUCUUCUUCUUCUUCUUCUUCUUCUUCUUCUUCUUCUUCUUCUUUUCUUCUUCUUUGCUUAUUAUCUCUAUUUAUUUUGCUUUUUGUUUUAAAAAACUUUGCUUUUCUUUUUGUUCCUUUCUUUUCCUUUUUAUAUUUCUUUAAUUUCACAUUUCUUUCUCUUCUUCCUUUUCUUUUUUUUUCUUUCUUUCUUUCUUCUUCUCGCAUUUUUUUGUCCACUCGUUACCCCAUUGUUCACCCAAAUUAUCUCCCUUUCUUACCACCACAGAGACUUCCGUCCACCAUUUACCCACUGACCUACGCAAAAAGCUCUACGAUAAAACACUCUUCAAACCGCUUAACGACUGACUUUUUACUUCCAACAAUUUCCUCUUCAGGCUUCAUUAAUUUCAUUGCCUUUUGUGGCUUUGUGCAGAUAAUCGAUGAUGCUCAAAUCUCUCCUCUCUCUGAUAUUGUUCUCCUGCUCUUUCCUUUUUCUGUCCCUAUCUCUCUCUCUCUCGCUUUCUCUCUCUCUCUCUCUCUCUCUCUCUCUCUCUCUCUCUCUCUCUCUCUUUUCUUUCUAUGCCUCCAGUAUCUAUCUCUCUAUCUAUCUAUCUGUCUGUCUGUCUGUCUGUCUAUCUAUCUAUCUAUCUAUCUAUCUAUCUAUCUAUCUAUCUAUCUAUCUAUCUCAAAAAAUAUAUAUCAUGUGACAUCAUAUAUCAUUCUGUUCGUCUAUCUAUCUAAUUAUGUUGAUGUCUAUCUAUCUAUCUAUCUAUCUAUCUAUCUAUCUAUCUAUCUAUCUAUCUCAUUGUGUUCAUAUCUAUCUAUCUAUCUAUCUAUCUAUCUCAUUGUGUUCAUAUCUAUCUAUAUAAUUCUCUUCAUAUCUAUCUAUCUAUCUAUCUAUUUAUAUGUAUCUAUCUAUCUCAUUCUGUUGAUGUCUAUCUGUCUGUCUAUCUCAUUCUGUUCAUAUCUAUUUAUCUAUCUAUCUAAUUCUGUUCAUAUCUAUCUAUCGCAUUUAGUUCAUAUCUAUCUAUCUAUCUAUCUAUCUAUCUAUCUAUCUAUCUCAUUUAUUCAUAUCUAUCUAUCUAUCUAUCUAUCUAUCUAUCUCAUUCUGUUUCUAUCUAUCUAUCUAUCUAUCUAUCUAUCUAUCUAUCUUUUACAAGGUUGGAUGAUAUAUAAACGUAAAUGUCGGUUGUAA